UGCUCAGUGAUGUCAGAGCAGGAAGUGUUUGAGGAAGUCGCGCCGCGCUGCCCGCGUUAAGAUUCCCGCUUUUUAAUGUUUUCAGAGGGGUAUCAGAGCCCAGGGUUCGGCCGCCCCAGCCCCGCCUCCCCCGCCCCGGGGAGCCCUCCCCCUGCCCCGCGUCCCUGCCUACAGAGUUAGCACGACAUCAGUAUGAGCUGGUCACCUUCCCUGACAACCCAGACAUGUGGGGCCUGGGAAAUGAAAGAGCGCCUUGGGACAGGGGGAUUUGGAAAUGUCAUCCGAUGGCACAAUCAGGAAACAGGUGAGCAGAUUGCCAUCAAGCAGUGCCGGCAGGAACUCAGCCCCCGGAAUCGAGAGCGGUGGUGCCUGGAGAUCCAGAUCAUGAGAAGGCUGACGCACCCCAAUGUGGUGGCUGCCCGAGAUGUCCCUGAGGGGAUGCAGAACUUGGCGCCCAAUGACUUGCCCCUGCUGGCCAUGGAGUAUUGCCAAGGAGGAGAUCUCCGGAAGUACCUGAACCAGUUUGAGAAUUGCUGUGGUCUGCGGGAAGGUGCCAUCCUCACCUUGCUGAGUGACAUUGCCUCUGCACUUAGAUACCUUCAUGAAAACAGAAUCAUCCAUCGGGAUCUAAAGCCAGAAAACAUCGUCCUGCAGCAAGGAGAACAGAGGUUAAUACACAAAAUUAUUGACCUAGGAUAUGCCAAGGAGCUGGAUCAGGGCAGUCUUUGCACGUCAUUCGUGGGGACCCUGCAGUACCUGGCCCCAGAGCUGCUGGAGCAGCAGAAGUACACAGUGACCGUCGACUACUGGAGCUUUGGCACCCUGGCCUUCGAGUGCAUCACGGGCUUCCGGCCCUUCCUCCCCAACUGGCAGCCCGUGCAGUGGCAUUCGAAAGUCCGGCAGAAGAGUGAGGUGGAUAUUGUUGUCAGCGAAGACUUGAAUGGAACAGUGAAGUUUUCAAGCUCUUUACCCUACCCCAAUAAUCUUAACAGCGUCCUGGCUGAGCGACUGGAGAAGUGGCUGCAACUGAUGCUGAUGUGGCAUCCCCGACAGAGGGGCACAGAUCCCACGUAUGGGCCCAAUGGCUGCUUCAAGGCCCUGGAUGACAUCUUAAACUUAAAGCUGGUUCAUAUCUUGAACAUGGUCACAGGCACCAUCCACACUUACCCUGUGACAGAGGACGAGAGUCUGCAGAGCUUGAAGGCCAGAAUCCAGCAGGACACGGGCAUCCCAGAGGAGGACCAGGAGCUGCUGCAGGAAGCGGGCCUGGCGUUGAUCCCCGAUAAACCUGCCACUCAGUGUAUUUCAGAUGGCAAGUUAAAUGAGGGCCGCACAUUGGACAUGGAUCUUGUUUUUCUCUUUGACAACAGUAAAAUCACCUAUGAGACUCAGAUCUCCCCACGGCCCCAACCUGAAAGUGUCAGCUGUAUCCUUCAAGAGCCCAAGAGGAACCUCGCCUUCUUUCAGCUGAGGAAGGUGUGGGGCCAGGUCUGGCACAGCAUCCAGACCCUAAAGGAGGAUUGCAACCGGCUGCAGCAGGGACAGCGAGCCGCCAUGAUGAAUCUCCUCCGGAACAACAGCUGCCUCUCCAAGAUGAAGAAUUCCAUGGCUUCCAUGUCUCAGCAGCUCAAGGCCAAGUUGGAUUUCUUCAAAACCAGCAUCCAGAUUGACCUGGAGAAGUACAGCGAGCAAACUGAGUUUGGGAUCACAUCAGAUAAACUGCUGCUGGCCUGGAGGGAAAUGGAGCAGGCCGUGGAGCUCUGUGGGCGGGAGAACGAAGUGAAACUCCUGGUAGAACGGAUGAUGGCUCUGCAGACGGACAUCGUGGACUUACAGAGGAGCCCCAUGGGCCGGAAGCAGGGGGGAACGUUGGACGACCUGCAUAGCUCAGAACAGAAAUUUGUCAUGUUUAUUCUUUGCAGUAAAACUGUGGUUUGCAAGCAGAAGGCGCUGGAACUGUUGCCCAAGGUGGAAGAGGUGGUGAGCUUAAUGAAUGAGGAUGAGAAGACUGUUGUCCGGCUGCAGGAGAAGCGGCAGAAGGAGCUCUGGAAUCUCCUGAAGAUUGCUUGUAGCAAGGUCCGUGGUCCCGUCAGUGGAAGCCCGGAUAGCAUGAAUGCCUCUCGACUUAGCCAGCCUGGGCAGCUGAUGUCUCAGCCCUCCACGGCCUCCAACAGCUUACCCGAACCAGCCAAGAAGAGUGAAGAACUGGUGGCCGAAGCACAUAACCUGUGCACCCUGCUAGAAAAUGCCAUACAGGACACCGUGAGGGAGCAAGACCAGAGUUUCACGGCCCUAGACUGGAGCUGGUUACAGACGGAAGAAGAAGAGCACAGCUGCCUGGAGCAGGCCUCCUGAUGUGGGGGAACUUGACCCCCUGACAUGGGGCUGUCCAUAGCAGGCCUUGUGCGGUGGGGGGACUCGACCCCCUGACAUGUGGCUGCCUGGAGCAGGCCUCCUGACCUGGGGCUGCCUGGCUGCAGCUCUCACAUGGUGGUUCCUGCUGCACUGAUGGCCCAGCAGUCUCUGGUAUCCAGAUGGAGCUCUCACUUCAGCAGCUGUGACUUUCACCCAGGACCCAGGGCGCAGCCUUCCGCAGGCACUGCCGGCACCUUGUCUGCACACUGGAGGUCCUCCAUUACAGAGGCCCAGCGCACGAUGCCGGCCCCACGAGCGUUCAGGGCUGCAGCCACAGCAGCUCCUUCCUCUGCCUUGAGAAAAGUGCUUGGAGUACGGUUUGCCACACACGUGACUGGACAGUGUCCAAUUCAAAUCUUUCAGGACAGAGUCGGAGCAGCGCUUGGUGCCAGCCUGUCCUCUCCUGCUCUCCAGUGGCCCCGCUCCCUGUCCUCUCUCACUUUACAGCUUGUGUUUCUUCUGGAUUCAGCUUCUCUUAAACAGACAGUUUAAUUAUAGUUGUGGCCUGGCCCCAUCCUCACUUCCUCUUAUUAUUUCACUGCUGCUAAAAUUGUAUUUUUACCUACUGCCCUGGUGGUUGUCCUCUUUUCGGCAAAGUUGGAGUGAGUGCCAAGCUCUCCAUCUGUGGUCCUUUCAGCCACAGAGAGACUCACCGUAGUAAGGGUGGGAGAGCAGCUGCCUUAUUCUGAGUCCCAAAGAUUACUUGGGGGUGAUUGUCACAGAGGAGGGACAGAAAGGAUAUCUGCUGACCGCUGGCCUGCCCACACCAUGCCCACGUCUCCGUUCCUGCUCAAGAAUGUGUGCGUGUGGCAGUGCUGGGCUGGGGAGUCCCUGUCUCUCACAGCAUCUAGCAGUAUUAAAUGGAUUCAUUUUAAAAAUAGCUUCUAUAUUUUGUAACAUGUCUCAAACACUCAUACUGGGUUCCACAAUCCACUGUUAGAAUACCGAUGGUUAGGGUUUCUGAACUAAAUAAUGUAUAGUGCCUGGAUCAUUACUAGUGCCAUAACCCUGCUUCUUCAACAUUUCACAGAACUUCUCUUUUAUAUAAAGGCAAGAGCAUAAAAUGAGUUCAGAUGAUCACAAACAGGUGAGUGUUUUUGGAGAAGAAAGUUGGAGUAGGAGACUUUCACAAGUAUGGAGAUAGAAUGAAGCGUUCUUUGGUCAAGUAAGUUUAGGGAAUGAUUAAUGUUUCACUUGCUUUAUGGAGAGUCACACUAUGUACUGGGAAAGUAUCUGAAGAGACUUAAAAUAAAGAAACCCGCUUAACUUUGUGUAAAAACACUGUUUACCAAUGUCAUUUGGCUAUAGAAACAUUUUCUCCUGCUGAUUGUGUGUGUGAAACAUGUAUUAACAUUCCAAUGAAGUAGCAUUUAAUAAAGCACGAUUUUGGAAA